CCACUCGUAAAUGCAUCCGGGUAACCGCUCUCCACUUCUAGAGCAUAAACAAAGAAAUAAUCCUAAAAAGUAGCAGUUUAUUCACGUGUAAACGGCUCUAGCCGUUAACAUUUACUUGUCAACUAAAGAUGAUUUAACUGGAUGUGCAUUUAAAGGCACGUUUCAGGCAGAAAUUGCAUAGUAUGGAUACAGAAGGCUCGAAGAAAAUGCGAGCCAGGGAGCUCCCGCCUCUUCCACAGCGUGGACAGCGAUCACUUCCCACAAUGCCAAGUCCAGACCCAGAUGGAGAAGUACCGGCGCCAAAACAUAAGAAGAAGAGGUCGAGAAAGGAGACGAAUGGAGUCGAUGAAAUUGACGAUCAUGGGAUGAAAAUGGGAGGCCUGGGCAGCCGGAGGGAGUCUGAGUUUGGAGAGCAACUUUCCCCUGAACCCACGACGGACGCUCCGCCUCAGAGGAGGAAGAGGAAAAAGAAAACCGCCCCUAUAGAACUUGGCGAUAACCAAGCCGACCUGGUGAAUGGAGAUACAGCCGACACCACCGAUGGAGAAGAACUGGUCAAAAGAACCAAAAAGAAAAAGAAGCCUAAAGUCGCUGACUCCCACCUUCCCGAUGAGUUGGACAUAGAAGAGGACGAUAUUAUCACCGACACCCCUCCUCCUAUUUCCCAGCAUUCCCUGUUCUCGGCCCCGCAGGGUCAGAGCCAGCCGGUGGGGAAAGUCUUUGUCGAGAGGAACAAGCGUUUCCAGGCCACCGAGCACCCUGACUGGAGGAAGACCAAAAACCAUAUGGAUGACAUGACUGACUUCCAGCCCACCUGGACCACCAGAGAGGUUUCUAUGAAUGUGCACAAAGGCUUCAGGUUGUUCGGUCUGUAUUGUCACGGCUUCCUGGCGGGCUACGCCGUGUGGAACGUCGUGGUGGUGUACAUGUUAGCCGGGCAGCACCUCACCGAUCUGUCCAACCUGCUGGAGCAGUACCACAGCCUGGCGUACCCGUCCCAGUCGCUGCUCUACAUGCUGCUGGCCAUCAGCACGGUGGCCGCCUUCGACCGAGUGGACCUGGCCAAAGGCUCCUUGGCCCUGCAGGACUUCCUCACACUGGACCGCGUGGCUCUCGCCUCUUUCUUGUAUUUCUCAGCGUUGGUCCUCUCUCUGAGCCAGCAGAUGACCAGCGAUCGCAUCAACCUGUACCCAGCCCUCAACGCAACGUUAUGGCCCCCGGGGUUAGAGCACCAGAUUCUCCACCCGUGGGUGACCGUCAACCUGGUGGUGGCUCUGCUGGUGGGGCUGGCCUGGGUCUUCAUCGCCACGCGGCCGGAAACAGACCGCACUGCAGAGUAUCUGGAAACCAUGGUGAUUGAGCCUCCCGAACCAGAGGACAAAUCUGAAAUGACCGCCUGAGAAUAAGUCAUCUGCACACCUGCUCCGACACACUGUACAGCUUUGACACGUGGCACAUAUUUUUGCACUGUAUUUUCGACAGUGAACUCUGAAAAUGUUGUAGAUUAUUUUUGUAUUUUGGAAACGUGCAUGUGCUUGUCGCUCUAUAAAUAUUUAUCCAACAAAUCCAA